GCUUUGUUGAGCCUCCGCUUUAAUAGCGGGAUUUAAUCAUUUUAAUUUAUGACUUGUUUAAUCAGUUUAUAAUCGUAAAUAUGUUGUGUCACUUGACCGCGAGAAGGGUUUUUAUCUUCAAACAAUUCAUGGCAGCCAGAUAUUUGUCUUUAGUACAAGAGAAAGCUUUUGUAAAUGGCGUGUGGACAGAAGCAAAAUCUGGAACUACAUUUGAUGUAGUAAAUCCGUACAAUCAGUCGGUUGUGGCAAAGGUUCCUGACAUGAGUACUGGUGAUGCAGAAAAAGCAAUUAACUCAGCCUACGAAGCAUUUAGAACAUGGCAGAAUGUGUCAGCAAAGGAAAGGUCUUCCCUCCUUCGAAAAUGGUACCAAGUUGUUGAUAACAGUAAAGAAGAACUAGCCAAGAUUAUUACAGCAGAGUCAGGAAAGCCAUUGAAAGAAGCUCUAAAUGAAGUAUUAUAUGGUAAUUCAUUUAUUGAAUGGUUUUCUGAAGAAGCAAGACGCAUACAUGGUGAAAUCAUAGAAAGUCCAGUUGGCACCAGGGAAAUAAUGGUGGUAAAACAACCAAUAGGAGUUGUUGGAUUAAUAACACCUUGGAAUUUUCCAAUUGCAAUGAUAACCAGAAAAGCUGGAGCUGCACUUGCUGCUGGCUGCACCUGUGUAGUUAAACCUGCAGAAGAUACGCCACUGACAGCCCUUGCAUUAGCUAAGCUGACGGAGGAGGCAGGCUUCCCAAAAGGGCUUUUCAAUGUUGUUACAUGCAGUCGUGACAAUGCACCAGCUGUUGGAAAAUUAAUAUGUGAAAGUCCAAAAGUAGCUGGAAUAUCAUUCACAGGAUCCACCAAUGUGGGAAAGUUGCUCUACAAACAGUGUGCACAAGGAGUGAAAAGAAUUGGACUUGAACUGGGUGGAAAUGCACCAUUCAUUGUCUUUGACAGUGCUGACAUUCAGAAAGCUGUUGGUGGUGCAAUGGCAUCAAAAUUCAGGAACUGUGGCCAGACGUGUGUCAGUGCAAAUCGUUUCUUAGUGCAAGAAAACGUAUUUGAUCAAUUUGUGUCAAUGCUGAAGCAAGAGAUGGUACAGCAACUUCGUCUGGGUGACACCAUCAAACCAGAAAACAACCUUGGUCCACUAAUCAACCAGCCUCAACUAGAAAAGGUUGAAUCAAUAGUGAAAGAUGCACUGCAAAAAGGUGCUAACCUUCAUGUGGGUGGUAAUCGUGCCUCUUCAGUUGGGCCAUUAUUUUAUGAACCAACGCUUUUAACUGGUAUUACUCCUGAUAUGAGGUGCUACAAUGAAGAAAUUUUUGGCCCUGUGGUCACUGUAAUAAAAUUCAAAAGUGAGGAAGAAGCCUUGGACAUAGCUAAUAACACAAAUUCAGGACUGGCAGGAUACUUUUACAGUAGUAACAUGGCCCAGGUACGAAGAGUAGCAAAACAGCUGUGUGUUGGUAUGGUUGGAAUAAAUGAGGGCAUUAUUUCAACAGCUGAAGCUCCAUUUGGAGGUGUCAAAGAAUCUGGAAUUGGUCGGGAAGGUUCUCAUCACGGUAUUGAUGAAUAUACUUUCAUAAAAUAUCUGUGUGUGGGUAAUCUGUGAAAUAUUUUCCCUGUUUUUCUGAAAGAAUUAAUUUUUUCAUUACCAUUAUCAUGUGUUGCCUGGAAAAACGAAAAAUGAUAUGAGAAAAUUGUAAAAAUAAGGAAAUAUUUUAUUAAUAGCUAUGAGCCUUCUGCUUAAAUUCUAUGUGUUGUUGUUGUUUUUAUUAUUAUUAUUGUUAUUAUUAUCAUCAUUAUUGUUAUCAUCACCACCUGCCCAAGGUGUUACCUGUGCCAAAUAAAUUUAAAAUACAUCCCCUGUUAAAGAGUGACAUUAUAUAAAAAGCUGCUGUUGUAAACAAUUUUGUUUUUGUAAAUGAGUUAACUUGUGUUGUACAGCAAAGCCAACUGUAGACUUGGUCAUUACAGAUAAAUGGAGAGAGAGAGAGAGAGAGAGAGAGAGAGAGAGAGAGAGAGAGCGGGGGG